UGUUGCUGUUUGUGAUAAGACACUUGAAUAAAAUUUAAGAUUCAAGUUCACUGUUCAAAUGUCAAGUGUUUGCUACCGUUCGGAAUUAUACCCUCUUGCUUUUGGCAAAGAGGAUAGCUAAAAGUACAUCGCCUGAGUUAUGUAACAGUCUUACAUUUAAAAGCAAGUUCGACAUCAAAUUCUAUACUUACAUAAAGGAACUCAAGUAUAUUAUGGCAUCCAAGGAGUCAUAUAUUCCACAUUUUAAUCACUUGUGCAAUAUUCAAGAUUUUGAAGAAAGUGCUCUACAGAUUUUACCGAAGAAAGUCAAAGGAUACUACAAAAGUGGUGCUUGUAAUGAAACAACUUUGGCCAACAAUAUAUCAGCUUUUCAAAGGCUACGUAUCCGACCUCGUGUCAUGAUUGAUGUAUCUGUUCGACAGCUUGAAACUAAAAUCCUUGGAAAUCGUAUUUCUUUUCCUCUUGGAAUAGCACCAACAGCCAUGCAGAAGAUGGCACAUCAUGAUGGAGAGAUUGGCACUGCCAGAGCUGCUGGCGAAAUGGGCACUAUUUUUAUCCUGUCAACUCUCAGUACAACCAGUGUAGAAGAUGUUGCUGCUGCUGCCCCAAAUACAAUCAAGUGGCUUCAACUUUACAUCUAUAAAGACAGAGAUAUUACAAGAAGGCUUGUCGAACGUGCAGACAAAGCAGGGUUCAAAGCUCUAGUACUCACAGUUGACACGCCCAAGUUUGGCAUUCGCUAUGCUGAUGCUAAAAACCAAUUUGACAUACCGGCUCAUUUGAAGUUGGCUAAUUUCUCCGAUGAAAAGUCAUACAUGAAUAUGAACGGAGGACAAGGAAAUAGUGCUUUGAGCUCUUAUGUCAAUGCUUUGUUUGAUCCUACCUUGAGUUGGAAAGAUGUCCAAUGGUUAAAAAGUAUUACUAAACUACCAAUAGUACUGAAAGGAAUCCUUACAAGAGAGGACGCCAAAAUUGCAGCUGAUCUGGGAGUUGCUGCUAUUUUAGUCUCAAACCACGGAGCCAGGCAGUUGGACACCACUCCUGCCUCAAUUGAAGCUUUGCCUGAAAUUUCUGAAGCUGUCGGUGAAAGAGUUGAAGUGUAUUUGGAUGGUGGAAUUCGCAAUGGCACUGACGUGUUUAAAGCUCUUGCCCUCGGAGCCAAGAUGGUAUUUGUUGGUCGUCCAGCCAUCUGGGGUCUGACAAACGGUGGUAAAGAUGGAGUUAAAAGAGUUCUGGAAAUUCUUAAAUCAGAGUUUGACAAUGCUCUUGCCUUAGCAGGUGCCUUAUCCGUUGAAGAUAUUCAGAAAAGCAUGGUGGUUCAUGAAUCUCACUAUGCUAAGUUGUGAUUUUUGUCUGAAAAGCUUGCUGUUGAAACAGCACUACUGUAUCUUCCAUUCAGUGUGAUCAAAAUUGUAGUUGUGCCAUUUCAAAUUGUUAUACUUUUGAUUUGUUAAGUUUUUACAAUCAUUAUUUUCUUUUAAGUAUUUUUAUAAAAGUAGUGGGCAAGUAUAAAAAAAGUGAAGAAUCGCAGGAAACUUGCUCAAAUUGAUAUCAUAGACUGCCAAAA